AUGAAGUGGAUUGGAUUUGGAAACAAGUGCUUUUAUUUUUCUGAAGAAACAGGGAACUGGACAUUCAGCCAGACUUUCUGUGACUUACUGGAAGCUCAUCUUGUGCAGAUUGACACCUCAGAUGAAUUGAAAUUUCUGAAAAGAUACAAAGGCCCUUACGACCACUGGAUAGGCCUUAGCAGAGAAUCACCAAGUCACUCUUGGAAAUGGACAAAUAAUACUGGAGGCAACACUGUGUUUCAGGUCAGAGGAACUGGGGAAUGUGCCUACUUGAAUGACAAUGGCCUGAGCAGUGCCAGGAUUUACUCAGACAAAAAAUGGAUUUGCAGCAAGCCCAAUGUGUCCAUCUGUCAAAUUGCUUCAAACUCAUGAGUAGAAAAGCUGCAUUGUACUUGUUAUCUACAGUUGCUGAAUGUUUUUCUCAAAGUGUUGACCUAAAAAUGUGUAAUAUCAGUUGACAGCAAAGAUGAAAACUGAGUCAGAGAGAAUCGCAGGGAGCCUUCCCUCACCAAAAU